UGUCAAGUUUUUCUACUGCUACUUGACCCUUCUACUCCACUACUAUUCAUCUCUUAAAGAAAUCAGUGUGUAGUUGUGUCUCCUUGUCAUAGAUGUCUCUGAGUUGUGAACAGUUUCACCAAAGAGAUGUUCCCCCUCUAAUCAGAAACGUCUGCAUUUCCAUGGCUGGGGCAGUCUCAAAAUAUCAAAGAUAAGAGGCAAGUCCCAAAACUGAAAACAGUUUUAUAUCAGAACUUUUUCUUUUUUAUGAAUAUAGACCAUUUUAUGCCAACAUACCAAAAAUGGGUGAGGCAUAAGGUUGAGUUGUUUUUAUUUAGGUAACUCUGGUUAUCACAAUUUGGAUGUGACAGUAGGAGUUAAUGUUAUUUCCAUGGAGAUGUUAGCUAGCGUUGUUAUUCCAGAUCCCACUACUGAUAUUAGGGCUCUGGGGCUACUCGUUUAAGGUCACUAACGUUACCAUUUUGCCGAUGUGUGGUCAAAUUAAUCAUAUCUUUAUUUCUUCUUUCCACUAGCAUAAAUCAUACAACACAGAAAGCUACACACGCUCAGACUGUUAACCAGAAGUUUUGCUGCUCAGUUCGAAAAAGUGAAUAAAAAGCCGUCAUUGUGUCCGUCGUUCUAUUUAUUCUCAUUCGUUAUGAAUCAAGUACAAAAGAAUGAGUCCUCUUCAGCACAUGGACAGCAUUGUUAAGGCUCUGAGUACAUGAACAUGUACCUCUAAACAUUAAAUGGCAUUACUAACAUACAUGUUUAAAGAUGGUACCAUAAGCUACAGGUUAAGUUCAAGUUUCACUGUGUAUUUUAGAGAUCUAACACUUAAAAUACACUCUGCAUUAAACUUUUGAUGAAUAUGGACUAUUAUUUAAAAUUGAACUGAAAUAUAGUGCACUUUUGGUACAGUGUAAAUCAAACUUACAGCUCACACAAUGUUUUCUAAAUACUGUUCUGAUGAGGAUGUUACGGGUCAGAUUGUCAUCAUGUUAUAUACAUGCACAUUGUUUUUUAUUGUAAAUGACUGUAGUUAUAGUUCAAGUACUGUAAUGGAAGUAAAAGUACUAGAAAAAUGUAAAUAAAAAAAAUAAAUAAAAAAAUAAAAGUUUUAUGUGUUGUAGUUCCAUGGGUCGGCCACUAGGGGGCAGUAAUUCAGCGCCGGAAACUGUAAAGCAGCAGCGGUGAUGACGCAGUUCCAAGAUGGCGGUGCAGGUGGAGUUGUGUUGUGUGGAGAGUUUCCCCUCACACCUGAGUCCUCUGGAUGGUUUGAUACUAAGGUCUCAGCUGGACUCGGUUUUCCAGAAUGACACGCACCCGCCGACCGUCCUUUUCGUCCCGCAGCGGCCUCAGAGCUCCAGGGGGCCGGGUAUUUUACUGUGCGUUCACCCGACAACCGAGGAGGAGACAGCGGGAUGCGGAGGGAGGAACUCCCCCAGAGCCGACACCGAGUCCCGUAGCCGGGUCCGGUUGUACACCAGCCGUUUCUUCCUUCGGCACCACGGGCUCCAGCGGCUCGGCAGCUCCGGGACCGUCCGGGCUCUGGAGCCGGUCAGCCUGGACAGAGUGGUGCUGGGAGCCCGCAGCAGGCAGAGUCUCCGCCUGGCCGGAGCUGAGCAGUUCACAGGCGGGCUGCUGGAACUCUGCCGCCCGGGACAGUGGCUGCUGGCCCGGCAAGGGGACCCGCUGAUGCUUCCCCGACACCCGCUGCUGGGAGAGGACCCGGGACAGCAGCAGCUGUUGGACCUGUUGGUGUUGGAGUGCAGUCCUGUAACACAGGGGCGGAUCACGGCCGACACCUCUUUGGUUCUGACGGACUGCUGGGACUCGGUGGACCCCCCUGGCGCCCCCCCGCCCUGCAGACCGUUCAGACUGUGCGUGUCAGACUUUGCUCACUACGCCGACGGCCUCGGAGGGGGGCGGUCUCUUCUCGACAACAGGAAGCUGCUGGGCUCGGGGUUCUCGGGCAUCCUGCAGGCGCUGGAGUGCAGGGUGGACGUCCGGGUGGUGAACACUCAGCGAUGGGUCGGGGUCAAAGGUCAGCAGGGAGCAGCUGUGGACGUGGACAGCUGUGUGUUUGUGAGCAAACAGCUGCUUCUGCGGCUCGGCCUGUUCAACCAGGAGUGGGUGAAGCUGUCCAGGCUGGGCGGAUCCUCCAGACCCCCGCCGACUCAGGCCGAUGUCAGGGGGGGGGUCUGCAGGGACCGGCUGGUCUCUGUGGUGGUGGUGGAUUUAACACAGAGUCCAGACCUGCAGAACCAGGACGAAGUCGGUUUCAUCUCAGCGACUCUGUGGUUCAACAUGACUGAAGGAGAAAUGAUCCCAGUGAGCAGCUGCACGCUGAGGAUGAAGAGGUGGAAACCGUCUCACCCGGAGCCCGGCGGUCGCUCCGACAGUUUCUGUCGCUCGGCUUCCCCGCCACUCGCCAGCGAGCUCCACAUCCAGCCGGUGGCGUCUCCGCUGAACAACAACCUUAGCUGCUACGACAACCUGUUGUCUGAACACUUCAGCACGUACAGACUGGUUUCACAGGGAGACAUCUUAUCGGUUCCAACUGGAAAACAUCCAGACCUGCUGGAGAACAACUCUGAGGGCGUCCACAGGUGUCCAGUGCUGUUCUUCAGAGUGCAGAAGGUGUGUCCGUCUGCUGAGAGAAAAGAAGAAGAAGAAGGAGGAGGAGGAGCUCACCUGGCGGACAGAUUUCACACCUCACUCUACAUGGGAGCGUCCACCAACAGCCCCGUCCCCUGCUGCCUGGUGGAGGGAGCGUCCCUGUGGAGCAGUCUGUCUCCUCCGGGCCUCAGCAAGACGGUGGACCUGAUCAGCAGCAUCGUGCUGCCCCACCUGCACCACAGCAGCUCUCUGUCCGGUUGCACCGUCCUCCUCCACGGUCCGGCAGGAAGCGGGAAGAUGACGGCGGUCGGCGCGGCGAGUCACAGACUGAACCUCCACCUGCUGAAGGUGGACUGUGUGAGCGUGUGUGCCGACACUCCUGCAGCCUCCGAGGUGAAGCUGACGUCGGCGUUCCGUCGGGCCGACGCCCUGCAGCCGUGCAUCCUGCUGCUCAGGAACCUGCAGCUGCUGCUCAGAGCCAGAGGGGGCGCCGAGGAGGACGGGAGGGUCCGGGCCACGCUCUGCCAGCUGAUCAGCAGCGCCCCCACCAGCGUGGUAGUCAUGGCGACGGUUUGCAGACCUCGGGAUCUGUCCGCGGGUGUCAUGGCCGCGUUCGUCCACCAGGUGGCGAUCGAGAGUCCCACUGAAGAGCAGAGGCGCUCGAUGCUGCUCAGCCUGAGCCGAGACCUCCAGCUGGGGAGGGACGUGAACCUGGAGAGACUCGCCAAGCUCACAGCGGGUUUUGUGUUGGGGGACCUGCAGGUUCUGGUGUCUGAGGCCGGACGAGCUUCCUGCAGGAGGCUGAUCCAGAGCUGUGGUGGUCGGGAGGAGGAGGACCUGUGCUCCAGUGGAGUGACCAUCCAGAACCAGGACUUCACCUCGGCCCUGGAGACCCUGCAGGACGCCCAGUCCAAGGCCAUCGGAGCGCCGAAGAUCCCUGAUGUGCGGUGGGAGGAUGUCGGAGGUCUGCAGCAGGUGAAGAAAGAGAUCCUGGACACGGUGCAGCUCCCUCUGCAGCGUCCAGAGCUCCUCUCUCUGGGUCUGAACCGGACCGGAGUCCUGCUGUACGGACCGCCGGGGACCGGGAAAACCCUGCUGGCCAAAGCCGUGGCCACUGAGUGCUCCAUGACCUUCCUCAGCGUCAAAGGUCCAGAACUCAUCAACAUGUACGUGGGUCAGAGUGAGGAGAACAUCAGAGAAGUGUUCUGCAGAGCGCGCUCAGCAGCUCCCUGUGUCGUCUUCUUCGAUGAGCUGGACUCUCUGGCUCCCAGCAGGGGGCGCAGUGGAGACUCUGGAGGGGUGAUGGACAGAGUCGUGUCUCAGCUGCUGGCCGAGCUCGACGCUCUGCACUCGUCUGUCGGGGUUUUUGUGAUCGGAGCCACAAACCGUCCGGACCUGCUGGACCAAUCCCUGCUGAGGCCCGGCAGGUUCGAUAAACUGGUCUACGUCGGCAUCAACGAGGACCGAGUCUCUCAGCUCCAAGUUCUUCAGGCCAUCCUCAGAAAGUUCCAGCUGGAUCCUGCGGUGAACUUGCAGGACGUGGUGGAUCGCUGUCCAGCUCACGUGACCGGCGCUGACCUUUACGCUCUCUGUUCAGACGCCAUGACGGCCGCCAUCAAGAGGAAAAUCUCUCUCAUCGACGAAGGUCUGGACUCAGAGGACUCCCCUGUCCUCCUCUCCGUUGAGGAUUUCUCCACAGCGUUAGAAAACUUCAAGCCGUCUGUGUCGGAGCAGGAGCUGCUGCGAUACAGAAACAUUCAAGAGAAACUCACCGUGAAGUGACACCAGGAGAAAUAGAUUCUAAGUGUUCAUCCUCAGAGACUGACGGACGACCACGUCCACACUUCAACACUUAACCACAUGUUUUAAGAGGCUGAGGACUCGCAUGACGGUCUAACUGUAUAAUUAAGGAAUCAUCUUUGUAUAAUACUGUAAAGCAAUGUAAAUUAACAGUGUAAAUGAUGUAAAGCUAAUUUAUAUAAUUGUAAAAUGUAAUUAAUAAAGACAUAAGCUAAUGAAAA